UGGAGGGUGGAUCAAAACGGGGCUGAGUUGGACUGGGCUUGUUUGGGCUGGCGGCGAGGUAGUUUGGGUGGAGGUGGAGGUGGUGGUGGCGGUGACGGUGGCGCAGUUGCUGACAUUGGUGAUGGUGUUAAUUGCGCUGCUAGUCGAGGCUCAGUUGUCGAUCGGGAGGCCAAUGAGAAAGAGAAGAGUAAACCGUUACCCACCUUAAAAGACAACGACUUUAUGAAUGACAUCUGUGAAUUGCAUCUGGAGGAGUCGGCAAAAGAACGGUUGCUGGAACACCUCGAACGUGAUAUUGCGGAAAACAAUCUAAUGGACUACAGCGCUCUCAUUGGUAUCCACGAUGUGGAAUUGGCUGUUGACAAUGACCCGGAGGAGGGCUCUGGCACUGGUGUCGGCUUUUUUACCUCUGCGUCUCCCAUCACCAUGGAGAUGGGCUCUAGUGCCACUGCUGGUAGCGUCGGCGUGGUGGGCGUAGGGGGACACCGAGGCUCCGGUCCUGAAAUGCUCGCCUCAGCUGGUGAUGGUCUGGGCGAGGUUUUUGAAGAGCGUCUUUUUGGUCCUAAUCACUCUGCUGCCUCUUUCAUCCCUUCCUCUUUCCCCAUGAGCUCUUUCACUCAUCCUGGCGGCGGUGGUGGUGGCAGUGUUGGCAUAGGCAGUGAACCCUUCUCGGAUUUUAGUCCACCGAAUUCGGAGAAUUUUGACACUUUGGUGGCUGGUGGCAGUGCGGAGGAGGGUUAG